CCCCGCCGCGCGCGGCCCCGCCCCCCCGCGCGCGCCCCCGCGGCCAUGCGGCCGCGCCCCCGCUAGGCCCCGCACGGCCCGGCGCGGCCAUGCCGGCCAAGAGGAAGCCGGUGCUGCCGGCCCUCAACAUCGCGCCCAGCCCCGCCGAGGGGCCCAGCCCCGACGGCUCCGCCGAGGCAAACCUAGUAGACCUUCAGAAGAAGCUUGAGGAACUGGAACUGGAUGAGCAGCAAAAGAAGCGCCUGGAAGCUUUUCUCACCCAGAAAGCCAAGGUCGGGGAGCUGAAGGAUGAUGACUUUGAGAGGAUCUCUGAGCUGGGAGCCGGCAACGGUGGCGUGGUCACCAAAGUGCAGCACAAACCCUCAGGACUCAUUAUGGCACGAAAGCUAAUUCAUUUAGAAAUCAAACCGGCCAUCAGGAACCAGAUUAUCCGGGAGCUGCAGGUGCUGCACGAGUGUAAUUCCCCAUAUAUUGUGGGUUUCUAUGGAGCCUUCUACAGCGAUGGGGAGAUUUCCAUCUGCAUGGAGCACAUGGAUGGCGGCUCUCUGGAUCAAGUGUUGAAAGAAGCCAAAAGAAUUCCUGAGGAGAUCUUGGGGAAAGUCAGUAUAGCGGUUCUGAGAGGUUUGGCAUAUCUGAGAGAGAAACACCAAAUCAUGCACAGAGAUGUGAAGCCCUCUAACAUCCUGGUUAAUUCCCGAGGAGAGAUUAAGCUGUGUGAUUUUGGGGUCAGUGGUCAGCUCAUUGACUCCAUGGCAAACUCUUUCGUGGGAACUCGGUCCUACAUGUCUCCCGAGCGGUUGCAGGGCACCCAUUAUUCGGUCCAGUCUGACAUCUGGAGCAUGGGUCUGUCGUUAGUGGAGCUGUCUAUCGGAAGGUACCCAAUCCCCCCGCCAGACUCCAAGGAACUGGAAGCAAUAUUUGGCCGUCCUGUGGUGGACGGGGCAGAGGGAGAGUCGCACAGCAUCUCGCCACGGGCCAGGCCCCCAGGACGCCCCAUCAGUGGCUAUGGGAUGGACAGCCGGCCUGCAAUGGCCAUCUUUGAACUGCUGGACUAUAUUGUUAAUGAGCCACCUCCCAAGCUGCCGAAUGGAGUUUUCACGCAAGAUUUCCAGGAGUUUGUAAAUAAAUGCUUAAUUAAAAAUCCAGCAGAACGGGCAGAUCUGAAGAUGCUGAUGAAUCACACCUUUAUUAAGCGCUCCGAAGUGGAAGAGGUGGAUUUUGCCGGCUGGCUGUGUAAAACGCUGCGGUUAAACCAGCCCAGUACUCCCACCCGCACUGCCAUGUGACCGCCGAGCCGACCGCCUGGUGUCAGUACAUCUGCCUAUCUGUCACCAUUUCCUGCCCUUCCGUAAAUGACAGAACCGCCCUUCUUCCUUGUCCCCGGCCCCUUCUCACCUCACGUCCAAAUGGCAAAGCACCAUCGCUCGGAAACGUCUGCCAGCUGACCCCCGAGAGCGAAAGCGGGCUUCAUUUCUUUUGGUUUGGGGGUGUUCCAGGCCUCCGCUCUGGCUCCGAUCGGUCUCUGGAGCUCCUGACACUUGGGAAACGUGGUGCUGCUUGUGUUAAUUUUUCUCUUUUGGAAACAUGUUCACUUGGGUUAAAAAAAAAAAAAAACAAAAGAAAUCACGUGUGCGCGCUUGCGUGUAUGUGUGAGAAGGUGGCAGGGGUAUGGGGACGAGGGAUUGGAGACGUUUCAUUUUCUUGGUUUUCGCGUGGGCUCAAAGGUGGUUAGCAGAGAAAUCCGUGCUGCCGGGAAGAGAGAAACCUGCCGGGUCAGAGCAGCCGGCCGAGGGGCUUGUCCGAGCCCCAAAAUGGUGCUGCCGUCUCUCAUGUACUGGCAGAGAGCAGGGGAGGCCGUGGGCCUCGCCGAGAGCUCGCUGGGGGACGUUGGCAGGUGCACUGCGAACCCAGGGAGGAGGUCCGGGGUAUUAUUUUUAGCUUAGCUAGAGAAGAGCAGGGAAUUCUCUCCCACCCUCUUCCAGCCGGGGGCCUGGCUGGGCCGGAGCCGUGUGUGCUGGGCCCGGGGGGGCUGGCGGUCCGUCUGCAGGUGGAAGAGAGAAAGAGACUUGUGUGUUUUUGUUUGUUUUUUUUUAAAAAAAGAAAAAAGUUGUUUUUAAAGCCUGUUCUUGUUGUGCACUGGAUAUUUAGUGAAUCGUCUUGAUCUGUUGGACUUUCAGGCCGAGCUCUCAGCUUGUUAUGGAAGAGAAAUAAGGAAUAAGGUGCCCCGUAAGGGGCUUGGAGCUGCCAGGGCUCUCCAUUGGGGCUCGACAGAGUCCUCCCUCCGCUCAGCCUCCACGGGUUUUCGGCACGGGCGUUCGGCGGGGGCUUGCGUGAGCUGCAGAAGGGCCAGGGAAGCAGGGAGACGCGGCUAAGCUCAGCUGCGCGUUACAGUCCGCCGGGAGGCGAAUGCAACCCACCCAGCAAGACUCGCUUCACCCGGAGCUUUGGGGAAGGGGGUUUUCCAAAGGCCAAUGGGGUCUCUAAGCUGACCUGACGGGGUUUUCCCGUCCCUCUUUGCCUUUGCAAAACCCUCGAGCGCCCAAACCCUAGCGCAGCCCCAGCGCAGCCUGCUCUGCUCCGCGGAGGGGCCGGCUGCGGUGCCAGCCACGCUCUGCGGCAGCACCGGAGCUGCUCGCGGCCUGGCUCUCGCGCCUGGCAUCGUGGCGGUGUGUCUCCGCCACGUGCGGACGUCCGCCCGUGGGGACGGUGCUGGUGGCCGCACGGAAAGGGUAGCUCUGUUCGCUGCCGUCACCGGGGCAGCCCCUGAGCCGAUCUGGCUGCAGGGCCGGGCGGCAGGUCACUGCGGGGCUGUCCCAAGCUGGAUUUGUCUUGUGAUUCUCUGCCAUAUUUUUUUUUAUAUAUAUAUAUAAUGUAUGUAUAUGUAUAUAUAUAAAAAUAAUGUAUUUUUUAUAUAUAUAUGUGUGUGUAUAUAUAUAUAUAUAAAAAAGAAAUGUUUUUUUUCCUUUUUGGAGUUUGCCAAGUGACUAUAUUGGAUGUUUCUCUGUCAGGGCAGAUCUGGUCCUUAUUUCCUUAAGGGAAAGGAAUCAAAGCUUAAAUAACAUAAAACAGGCUGCUUGCUCUUUACCGAAUCCUGCUUCUCUUGAGCUACCUCUAGCGUAGCAAGAGAUUAGGUACAUACCUUCGCGGCUGCCGGGCGCGCAGGGAGGCCGGCUCCGGCGGCGGACUUGGCCGCGGGGCGGGCGUGAGGAUGGCGGGGCUGGGGCGAGCCCCUCGCGCUGCGUCGGGCUUUAUUCUGUUUAACCAUCCCUCUUCUUCUCCCGUUCGAUGUAGAAACGAGCCGUAGGAGCGACUCGGUCCCUCGCCCUCCCCACAUUGCAGCCCCGGACGGUGAAUCCCCGAACCGCAGGGGUAAAGGAGCAAGUGGGGGGGGGAUCUGUGACAUUUGAUGCUCUUUUUUUUUUUUUUUUGGUUGCGUUUUCCGUCUUUUUGGGUUACUGCCGCUUUCAAACGGGUUCUCGCCCCGUCGGGUUGGCAGCUGUUGCGUCGCCAUCCACCGCGCUCGGGUCCCCCCACCUUUACCUGCUGCAAUGUCCCCCCGAAAAGGGGGGGGGGGGGUCAGUACAGGACCCGGUGGCGUCGCCCCUUCCCUCUCCUCCUCCCCAGCAAAGGACGAAGUCGCCCCAUCGAACCGGAGCGGCCCCAGCUUGCGCUUCGGAUGCGCCGCCCGUUUCAACAGCAAAAUAGGGGCCUAAAAAAUUACCCCCUUCCCCCCCCCCCCCGAGCGGAUGGCGUUGCUUUGGAUGCCCCCACGUUGUGAAAACCCGCGUUUUAACCCCGGCGUUACCUGCUUUGAUGCUCUAUCGUAAAGGACUUUUCUCUUGCGGGGGCAGCCGGCCGGGGGGGCUCCGCGGCUGGGCGCAGGGGACCGGGCGCCGCUUCCACUCCGGCAGACGGGCAAGUAGAAACAGAGGCAGCAUCCAGCUGCUCCGGCAGCCUGGAAUUACAGAGGAGGAAAGCAGGUAGGGUUUAACGGCCCAAGCAAGGGCUUUGCCCGCGCCGGCCGAUAAAGCUUGGAGACCUCAAAGCGGCCCCCCGGCCCCGAAGGCCGUUUUCUUGUCGGAGUGCCGCUCGGCGGGAUAAACACGCCGCUCCAAAGUGAUGCAGGAGGCACCGGGGCAGCGGCCGUUGUCGUGUUUUGCCUCUUAUUUAAGGAAAAGGUAGGGAGUCGGGCGCUUUGGAAGCUUUAGCGUAUUUUGGGGGCUGUUUUGCUUUGGCGCUUGGGUUUUUUUGGAGGAGGAGAAAGUGUAUUGAGUGUGUUGUUGGUGCAGUUUUUUUUAACUCGAUAUUUUCAUCCUGGAGGAGAAAAAAAAAUAAAAGAAAUAAAUAAAUAAGCGGCACUUUACAUUUA